UGGAUUCGCGGUGGGCUUCCAGGAUUCCGCGGCGUCGACGCCGGUUGUAGUCCCUGAGAACCGGAGGGCGGAAGUACAGCGGGAUUCGCACGGACCUCGGAGCUGGUGCUUUCCUGCGGCUGCGCGAGCUCCCCGGACUCCUAGUCUCCGUGUUUCUGCAGGACUGUGUGGGUCAAAGCAGGCAGUGCUGGGACGGUGCCACUUCACCGGUGCGGGAAGCGAGAAGGAGCCGCAGCUCGGAGAAGUUUGGCUUUGAUUGAAGAAAGAAUUUAGCCUAUAUGUACUGCUUUAACCACUGGAAGAAUGACAGAUGACAAAGAUGUACUUCGAGAUGUGUGGUUUGGACGAAUUCCAACUUGCUUCACUCUGUACCAGGAUGAGAUAACUGAAAGGGAAGCAGAACCAUAUUAUUUGCUUUUGCCAAGAGUAAGUUAUUUGACGUUGGUAACUGACAAAGUGAAAAAACAUUUUCAGAAGGUUAUGAGACAAGAAGACAUUAGUGAGAUAUGGUUUGAAUAUGAAGGCACACCACUGAAAUGGCACUAUCCAAUUGGUUUGCUAUUUGAUCUUCUUGCAUCAAAUUCAGCUCUUCCUUGGAAUAUCACAGUACAUUUUAAGAGUUUUCCAGAAAAGGACCUUCUGCACUGUCCAUCUAAAGAUGCAAUUGAAGCUCAUUUUAUGUCUUGUAUGAAAGAAGCUGAUGCUUUAAAGCAUAAAAGUCAAGUAAUUAAUGAAAUGCAGAAAAAAGAUCACAAGCAGCUUUGGAUGGGACUACAAAAUGACAGAUUUGACCAGUUUUGGGCCAUCAACCGGAAACUCAUGGAAUAUCCUGCAGAAGAAAAUGGAUUUCGUUAUAUCCCUUUUAGAAUAUAUCAGACAACGACAGAACAGCCUUUUAUUCAGAAGCUAUUUCGUCCAGUGGCUGCAGAUGGGCAACUGCAUACACUAGGAGACCUCCUUAAAGAAGUCUGUCCUUCUGCAGUUACUCCUGAAGAUGGGGAAAAGAAGAAUCAAGUCAUGAUUCACGGAAUUGAACCAAUGUUGGAAACACCUUUGCAGUGGCUCAGUGAACAUCUGAGCUACCCAGAUAAUUUUCUUCAUAUUAGCAUCAUCCCUCAGCCAACAGAUUGAAGGAACAACUCCUGGCCUGAAUGGAAUCUCCCUGACCCAGGAUUUACCAGAGCAUGUCACCCUUUGCUGCAAAAUCAAGUUUGGAUAGAGGCAGCCUAACAACACUUGGCUGCUGCCAGCCAAGCAAGAAGAAGACUCCCUGUGAGAUAAGCGACUGGGCUGGCCUUGCUUUGCAUCACCGCUGCCUCUUCCACUGUGUCAUUAACCCCAGCUACAAUGUGGAAGACAGACACCACAGGACCACUGCCGUCUUCUGUCUUCUUGUACAGUAUAAUGAAGUUGAGGCCUUCGGCCUAAGAUGAAAAUGGAAAUACAUGCCACUCAGUUUGUGUUUCUGAUUAACAAAUUAACUGGGUAUUUCCUGAAAUGACCAUGGUUGAAUUUUAGAUCAAGAGAGUGGAAACAUUGGUUGAAUUUCCAAGAGAAUUAGACUUAAAGUAAAAGAGAAAUUUGGUUAUCAAUACCUUAUAGUAAUUUUUUGUAAAAGAUAAAAUUACAGUAAACCCAUCUUUCCUUAAUGAAAAUUUCCUAUGUUUACAGUCUGUCUUGGUAUGCAAACAAUCUUGUAACUUUGAUAAUGAACAGUAAGAGAUUUUUAAAUAAAGCCUCUAAAUUUGUUUUGUCAUUCAGUAACAUAGAAUUUUACCACUUUUCAAGUACUUUCUGAAUCCCAUGCAGUAAAUCACUUUCUAUUCUGUGUGUUACCAUCUUUGGCAUGGGUGGAUAGAGGGCAGAGGGCAACUUGUCUCAGGAGCUGUCAUCAAAUUUACUGCUGUUGAUUUAAAAAUCUGUGUUCUCUACACACUGAAAGUAUAAAUAAUGUUAACCGUCUUUACUGUUUUAUCAGUGUAAACUUGUCAGAUCAUAGUAUACUAAGUAUCUGUAUAAGAAUUUUGCAUUUUCUGGAAAAGCCCAUUUUGUUCCGAGGUAGUGUUUUUCAUUGGCUCCCUGUCUAAUCUUUCACUGUGACCCCUGGCAACCAGUUUUUGAAGCCUAAACAUCACUUAGUUCCUGACUGCAGUAGCUUUUCCUUACCUUUACCAAAAAUAUCCAGAGGUAUUACUGGAGUUCUUAAAAGGAAAGUUUGCUGCACUUUAUUAACAGGCUGUGGGGAUUUUCCCAGUCAAAUGUGUUUGUGCAUUACAGUUUAUUACUUGUGAGCUAGCCUGCUGUCCAUAUUGAAUGUCAACUCAUUUGAGUAUGCUAAAAGAAUUAUACUAUGAUACAAUAAUGGUUUUAGAUUCCACAAUAAAAAUGAAUGUUUUUUCUUACAAAAAAAUUAUGUGAAUGAUCAAAUGAGAUCCUACUAGUUCUGAUUGCUUUCCUUUCUUUUUUCCUUUUGUGAUUUUCACUGAUUAGCAGCAAGUUUAUUCCCAGAACAAGAAAGCCAAAGAGCAAAUAUUCUGGAAUGGGAAUUCUAAAGCACAACCAAACAGAAUAAUAAUGUAGGGUAGCACUGAAGAAUCAAAGUGCAAGUACAAAAGAAAACCGGUGGAUGUAAACAAAGCAAAAAGUGCGAUUUUAGUAAAGGCAAGGGGAAAAAUAGCACUGUUUUGAGUUAUGUAAGGAAAAAAAAAAUCCACUGACUUGUAUUUUUGCAAAAGACGUUGGUCUGAAUAUGAUUGUUCACAUUAAAAGAAUUUAUUCGUCUAUUGGGUUUGGGGGUUUUCCCCUUGAUGUUUUGACAGACUGAAGUGAGCACCACUAGGCCAGAGGAUCAGAAUGCCAGGGGGUGCGGAGUGGUGAUGACAUAUGACGAGAACGCAGCCAUACAAGUUUUCCAUUCGCUGUACCCGGGUGAGGUUCUUGCAGUGGACUUGAGUGAGCUACUGACCUGUACUUCCAGAUUGGAAAGUAAAUUUUAUCGAACACAUGUUACUUGUUCAUUGUGAUACCAGCAUCAUAACAUUAUUUUAUUCUUCUGUAAUCCCAGGUAAGUCCAACUCCAAUGUCCUAGAGGAAGAAUAAAGCCAGA